AUGCGCCGAUUCUUCGCCACGGGAAUGCCGGAACAAAAAGGAACCCAAUCAGGUAUGUUUUUGAAGAUUAUUGUGUUUUGAGUUUAGAUAUUUUAUUUCGAAGAGGUAUGAGUGCUGUCAGAAGGUUUAUAGCCUUACUAAACUUAAAUUAGAAGCUGACAUCAUGGAUAACAUAAGCUUUAGUCAGAUUUAGUAGGAAUCUCAAUGUUUUGAGGUGGAUCAGCUACAGGAUCGCCUUGAAAACGUUAUAGAAACGUUUUGAACGGUUCAUAUUGAAAUUUUGUGUCAAAAUUCUGGAGAUUUUUGAUGGCCAACAUCUGAAAGACACUCUUCUUCAAUUAUUUUUCCUUUAUGCCGUAGCAUGUCCAAAAUUUCAGCAGCGGUCCAGGAGAAGAUCAAACAGCUCGGAAAGAAGCCGGAAGAGCUUACUGACGCCGAAUGGCAAAAGGUUUUACCCGAUGAGGUGUACCAUGUUGCUCGUGAAGCCGGGACAGAACGGCCGCAUACAAGCGAGUUCGUGAAGAGUAUGAAACCCGGUAAAUACGUGUGUUUUUGCUGCCGCACCGAAUUGUUUGUGUAAGUUCAGUUUUUUCUUUGAUUUUUCCGGUUUUAGAUCUGAAUCGAAGUUUUAUACUGAUUGUGGCUGGCCGGCAUUCUCGAAGUCGGUGGAGGGUGAUAAGAAUAUUGUGAGAAUUGAAGAUAAUUCUUAUGGAAUGCAGAGAAUCGAAGUUCGAUGCAGGAAGGUGAGUUCUGGCGAUCAAAUUAUAUUGUAGUAGGUGGUUUGAUGGAAAAUUUUGAAAAUUUCUGUUUUUCACUUUUUAUAGAGACUUCAAAUCACUCUCCAGGCUUUUUUGUUUGAUCUGGAGCUAUCUAUACUGCAUAGAGCCGUGUUUCUACCCUAAUAUUUUAGUGUAAUGCCCAUCUCGGCCAUGUUUUCGACGACGGUCCGAUUAAAGAUGGUGGAGAGCGGUUCUGCGUCAACGGAUGCUCUCUCGACUUUGUUCCAGAAGCGAAGUAA